CCAUUCUCACGAUCUCCUUGUCAACGAACAUUGUCUUGUAACUUUGUCAGACUUGGCGACCGCCAGUCGCAGGCGGGUGGGAGGAUCAGCUCUGAACAUUCUGCAUCAUGAGCUUGAAAUAUCCCGGCAUCUAAAAGGACGAGCAGCUACUUACGCCUCACGUCAUGGAGAGAGGAAUAAUUUCUCGAGACUGAACAUCCUCCACAACCUCCCGAGGUCACUUCAACAAUGGCAACCUGGCGAUGCCUCACGAAACGGCUUCCCCUCUCACAGCGGCCCUCAGCCUCGACUCUCAAUCCACUGAAAUCUUUCUCGCCAAAUUUGAUUAUUCGAGUAUCAUCAACAAAAUCGCGAACACCGGAAGAGACUCUGUAUCAAGAAACACAAUCACCACCACAGGUACCCACACCUUCACCUCAUUUCACAAAUGCCCCGACCACCGCACAUAGCGACCUGGCAUCGUACGUCGCCUACGCGACCCGCACAGGUCUAAGCCCAAAAUCCACGACCUACGUGGGGACACACUACGAGUACAUGGUCGCCGCCUCGCUGCGCCGCCUAGGUUUCGAUCUGCGCCGGAUAGGCGGCCGGUCGGACGGCGGGAUCGACCUGCUCGGCACGUGGACGGUGCCAUCCCUUGGCCCCUCUACAGCUGGGAUGAGGACGGACAAGGAGAAUAGCAGCAGCAGCAGCAGCAGCCGCGAUGAGAGGAACACGGCAACACUGCGCAUCAUUCUCCAGUGCAAAGCCUAUACCGCAAAAGCCGGCCCCCAACACAUCCGCGAGCUCGAGGGUGCAUUCAUCGCCGCGCCUCCUGGCUGGCGGACCACCGGCAGCAGCAGUAGCACUGGCGGCGUCGUGGGAGUUCUGGUUGCCCAGAAACCCGCUACGAAGGGCGUGAGGGACGCACUGGGGCGUAGCCGGUGGCCAAUGGCGUACAUAGCGUGCUCCAAGGAUGGGCGAGUCGAGCAGCUGCUCUGGAACCGCCGUUCGGAGGAGGAAGGCCUCGAGGGCAUGGGUGUGGCGGUCCAGCAUCGGGACAGUGAGGAGGCCGGUGGAGAGCAUGUGGAGGAGCUCGUUCUUACUUGGCAAGGGCUGCCGUAUCUGGCGAGUGAUAUUGAUGCUGUGAAGGGUGCUUCAUGAUUGCGGCAUCUGGUUGAGGACUACCUCGCAUUAUACCAAGCAAGGCUUUCGGGCUAACAUACAACAACAGGCCUACACUUUGCAACUCAUCACGAGGCCCUGGAAAAGGCUA